UCCAUCUAUUUCUCGCUGUAAAACCCUCGUUCGCCGAUCGGUUUUUCUGCAAAUUUAGCCGGGAAAAAAUGGCCACCAAUCCAUCCGCCGUUACGUUCCUCACUAAUCUAGCACGCGCCGCCUUCGGUAUUGGAACUGCUGCCACGGUUGUCAAUUCUGCUCUCUACACCGUCGAUGGUGGCCAGCGGGCCGUUCUCUUCGAUCGUUUUCGUGGUGUCAUUGACGAAACUGUUGGUGAAGGCACUCAUUUCCUCAUUCCAUGGCUCCAGACGCCAUAUAUUUUUGAUAUACGUACCAGGCCUCACACAUUCUCCUCGAUCUCAGGCACAAAGGAUCUCCAAAUGGUUAACCUAACCCUACGUGUCUUAUCUCGGCCUGAAGUUACCCGUUUGCCGGCCAUUUUUAAGACUUUAGGUCUUGAGUACGAUGAGAAGGUUCUUCCGUCGAUUGGAAACGAAGUUUUGAAAGCUGUUGUAGCUCAAUUCAACGCCGAUCAGCUCCUCACCGAGCGUCCACAGGUUUCGGCCUUGGUUCGUGAUAGCUUGAUUCGUAGGGCUCGUGAUUUCAAUAUUAUGCUUGACGACGUUGCCAUCACUCACCUAUCGUAUGGCUCGGAGUUCUCGAAGGCCGUGGAGCAGAAGCAGGUGGCGCAGCAGGAGGCUGAGAGGUCUAAGUUCGUUGUUGCCAAGGCGGAGCAGGAGCGGCGGGCUGCAAUUAUUAGGGCUGAAGGAGAGAGUGAGUCCGCUAAGUUGAUUUCUGAUGCUACGUCUGCUGCUGGGAUGGGAUUGAUCGAACUUAGGAGAAUUGAGGCAUCGAGGGAGAUCUCUUCAACUUUGGCCAGGAGUAACAAUGUGAUGUAUCUUCCGAACACCGGGAGCCAGAUGCUUCUAGGGCUUAAUCCUGCGCGCUAAAUGGGUAAAGGAGGUUGAAGGCCAAGUGGAUUUGGGUGUUGAUGGCAGCUUGAUUCUUGCACAAUACAAUUAUCCGUUUACAGGUAUUUUACAAGUUGGAAAGAGUAACUUCUAUGAGCAUUUACUUUCAAGUUUUACAAGUUGAUUCUGGAUCUUAUGAUGCAAUUCGAUUUCAUGAUUCUAACACAUGUUGUCUA